UCUGUUGAUUGUUUUUUAUUUUUUAAACCUGAGAAAUGUUAAGGAAAAUCUUAUUUAAUACACAAACUGUCUUAAGACAUCAAAUGCAAAGAGUAUGCCUUGCCAGGCAUAUGCACACCAACAAAGCGGCUACGCCUGCUCCUCUGCAACUAGAUCAAAACCAUAUUGAUGAAGCCAUCAAAUUGGAGCCUACUCUGGGCAUCUACACUUCUGAUGUCUGGCGACGUGCUCACGAAACCUUUCAUAAUCACGGACUCGAGACCAUGAACUUCCUUAGAAUCGUCACUGGAAAUCCUGCGGUUUUGAAACGGAGUCCCCAGCGUAUUGUAGAUAGCCUAGAGAUUUGGAGAGCCUGCCAAUUUGGUGAAUACUGGUUGCACUUGCUAUUAACUAAAUAUCCACAAUUGCUGGACGUAGGAGCCGAUGGUACGGAUGCACAUCAGUUGCUUUCCCACAUAGCUUAUCUAAAGAGUCGAGUAACUACAAACAAGAAUGUGUGGAAAUUGCUAAUGAACAGUCCAAACAUAUUGGCCCAAUCGGAAAAAAGUUUGGAAGAUAAACUUGACUAUAUAAUUGAUGUAAUGCGUAUUGAAGUGCCAGAGAUUGUCAAGUCAUCGGCGUUGGCUUUGGGAUUUGAUGAAUUGAGAUGCAGGCAUGUGUUUCUUACCCGUCUGGGUCUGUUCAAGCCCCGUGCUCUAAAAGCUGAUCCCAAUGAGCCUACAACAAAUAAUAAGUUAUAUCAAAUAACGGAUACAUCGGAAAAGACAUUUGCUACAAAGAUUUCUCACACCACCUUACCGGAAUAUGAAGUUUUUAAGGAAUUGUUUGCGCGCGAACUCAAUCGCAAAGGAAAAAGGUCCAAACAGCCGGAAGAAGAGGAAUCGAGUGAUGAAGAGGAUUCGUAG